UAGAGAUUUUUUUUUUUUUUUUUUGUUUACCCACACUACCUUUCUUCCGUCCUGUCGUUUCGGGAUGGCUCAUUCCUUUUUUGUGCGAGGCAACGAGCGCACACGCUUAUUAAAAAAAAUGCCAAAGCGAAGUGCACAGGAAAAAUUAGAAAGAUACAAGCUCAAGAUUAAGAAAUUAGAAGAAAAAAAUAAGGAGAAACAUAGGCGUCGAAUACGACGUCCAUUGGAUUCAUCUGAGGACGAAAACUUUGCAGGUUAGUUGAACAUUAUAUUAAGUGUUCCCAGUGCGUGAAUAUAGAUAUCAAACAGCCUAUCGCUGUCCAUUGCUGAACAUAGGCCUUCCUAAGUAAGUGAGCGCCAUGGUUCAAAUAUGCAAAUUAAUUAUUUCAAUGAAACUACAUCGGGUUGACUGCGAGUCAAUUCCGAUAACAUAAUUAGCUGCGAGCUAAUUAUGGGUCGUGUUUUCACGACAACUUGUGUAGUAAAUGGGUGCAAUCUUAAAUAGAUAUACACACUACCUACAAUUUAUUGUCCGCGAGACAAUACUAACGCAAAACCGGUUUUAUAUUCGACCUUUCACCUGUUUAAUUAUCGUCGUAUAUAUUGUAGGUACGAGCGGUGUCGUGCCUCUAGAGCAACAAGAUUGCCCGUCAACCCUUCUAUAUGAGGAAGGCCAGACAGUGGCCACCCCUAACUCGCAGGAUAUACCAGGCCUCGUAGAGGAUGCGGUGGCCCCAGCGACAGAGACAGUCUCAGAGGCCAGUUUGGAUCCGGAGCUACUAUCAGCGUUGGGGUCAUCUACGUCUGGUACCCCAGACUUCGGAGAACCUAUCCACGAAAAUUUAACAAGUUUGUGGACUCCGUUACUGAAGAAGGGCUUGACUAAAGAGGAUAAAGACAAGCUUUUGAAAGAGCACCUUAUACCCUCCAACUGCAAAUUAUUGCAAGCUCCAAAAUUGAACGCGGAGAUUUCCGCCGCUGUGUCCGAUGUUGUUAGAGGGCGCGACAAAAAAUUGGUCAGUUUUCAACAACAGUUGGGUAACGGUACUGCGGCAAUAAACAAAGCAAUGGAUACCUUGCUUAAAUCAGAUAAUAAAGUUCUUGCCUUAAAAUACCUAAGUGACGGUUGUCGUUUAUUUUCCGAUUUACACCACCGUCUGACCAAAGACAGAAUAAAAUUAAUUACUCCGAGUCUGGAAAAGAAAUUUCUUCACGUCAUUCAAGAUUCAGAACGAGAUAAUACCCUAUUCGGUGACUCAUUGUCAGAGAAAAUUAAGGCUAGCAAGGCUAUUGAAAGACAAGGAUCACAAAUAAGGAAAACAAUGGCAAAUCGGAAAACUAAUACUCCUCAAACAUCAGCCACGCAUUCUGUCCCUCAGGGAAACUGGUCAGGACCUCCUCGUUACCCGUCGAACAGGGGGGGGCGGGGAGGUCAGAGGAUACAACCAGUGACGUCACGACGGUCAUAUCCGACGCAGUCCCAAACGCAAGCGAAGAGCUCUUACACAGCAAAAACCCGUGCGUCGCAACAAAAAUAAAUGAGGUACAUGCAGGUAGAAUUAAAUUCUUCCUUAAUUGUUGGUUUCACAUAACCAAAAAUGCUGUUGUAUUAUCAUGGAUUGAACAAGGUUAUAAAAUUCCAUUUUGUGCUCGAGCGACUCAACCUAUAAUGCCCGUUUCAAAAUUUUCUCACAAUGAAGCUCGAGAUAUGCAGGUAGCGAUUAAUAAAUUAUUAAAAUUAGGAGCAGUGUCACAAUGCAUCCCAACUAAAGACCAAUAUAUAUCGAAAAUAUUCUUAGCCCAAAAGGCUAACGGAGACAAGCGAUUUAUUUUAAACUUAAAAUCACUAAAUAAAUUUAUUACUAGUACACAUUUUAAAAUGGAAGAUUAUAGGACAGCUGCUAAAUUAAUUCCUCAAGGCGGAUUCUUAGCAACAAUUGAUUUAAAAGAGGCAUACUUACUAAUUCCUAUUUUUAAAUCAGACCAAAAAUACCUACGAUUUAAUUUUCAGGCCCCUAAUUCCAAGAAUUCGCGUACAUAUCAGUUUACCGCCAUGCCAUGUGGUCUGUCUGUGGCACCAAGGGUAUUUACAAAAAUCAUGAAAGAAGUCGUAGCUUACCUCCGAAAACGAGGUCAUAAAUCAGUUAUAUACUUAGACGAUAUUUUAUGUAUAGGUAACGAUUAUGAUGAAUGCAUUACUAAUGUUCGGGAAACGGUAAAGCUUUUAGAAUGUUUAGGUUUUGUAAUUAAUUACGAUAAGAGUUCCCUAAGACCAUCUCAAGAAUGUAAAUUUUUAG